AUGAAUAAUUCUUUGUAUAAGUGGAACCACAAUUUUCCUCAAAUUGCUCGGGAGUAUGGAUUGAGACUUUCUGAAGUGGAAACAGGAAUUCUGGAUUGGCGCUUAAUAGGAACUUAUGAUGUAGAUCGACUUAUACAUGAUAAUGAUUUUGAGAGAUUGGAAGCGGUUAUUCCUCAUCUCUGUGAAGCUCCCAUGAGGACAGUGCUCAAUAGUUCUAUCUUAGAUUCAGGGAUAUCCAAGUACUUCUGCUUAGCUCAAUUGGGUUUGCAGUAUUUAUCAUUUUGCAAAGACUUUCUCGAUAAGACUGUAACAUCUUUGAGGAAAAAUGUCUACAAUUGCGAAAAGGAAAAGCACAAAUUGCUAAAAACCUACAAAAGGCAGAAUGAGGAAUUGCUGAGAAUGCACAAAAGGAUUCAGAGAAAUGAAAUAAGUGAAAAAGAUAGUUCAAUUUAUUCUUGUUCAAAAUGCACAAAGAACUUUAUCACUUCGGAUUUAUUGGAUAAGCACUUGGAGAGGAAACAUCCACAGUGUCUGCACGAUAUCAAUAGUGACAAAAACCUCGUAGCUAAUGUAAAAUUGGAAUUGGAAAUUAAGCAACUGAAACAAAAACUAAAUGAUGCAGAAAAGGAGUUACAGGAACAUUGCAAAGAGUCACAGAAGAAAGCUUCUUACGCCUCAAUGGGCAUUCAGACAAACUUCGAGGAAGAAAAGGAUAAAGAUGAAAGCAAUAGCGAGAUACAGUCCCAUCGUCAAUUAAUCCUGGAUUCUCAGUAUCAAUUGGCAGAUUUACUCAAAGCUCAAUUGAAUGCAAUGGACGAAUGGAAGACCACUGAGAAGCAAAGAUACCAAAAGGAGAGUCAGGAUAUCAAGUACACCUUACAGGAAGCACUUAAUUUAAUGUCUCAGAAGAAAUGUGUAGUUCUCAAUAGGACAAAAUUAGAUUUAUUUUCUGUUCCUGCAGGGAAUCAAUCAAAUAAUGAAAUUAACGAACAAUUAGUCAACGAUUGGAAGAAGAAAUACAAUGACUUGGAAUCGUAUUACAAAGAUAGCAAUGAUAAACUUAAACAUCUCCUAGAUGAUCUAGAUAAACAAAAUAAAGAAAAAGCUCUUCUUAUAGCAAAUCUUAAGAAAAAACCAAAGAUGAAAGAUUUCACAAUUCAAGUUGAUAUAAAAACCCAGAAAGAUUUAGUUUCAAAAGACAUCACCCCAAUCCCAGAAGAAUUACCUGAAGAUUUGACGCAGUUUUCAAUAGAAUCCCCAAAGAGUAGUACAAGUGGUACAAGUAAUUUAAUAAAAUUAAUAAAAAGGAAGGGUUUUCUGGAUGAUACUGAAAGUGAAGACGAAAUUGUAACACCUUUACCACAGCCGAAGGCUAUUACUAAAGAACUACCUAAAGCUGUUGCAGUUAAUAAAAUUGAGAACGUUUUCCGUAGCGCAGGCAUUAAACCUAAUCAGAAAACCCUGUCUUCAGAUGAUUUCAAAAAGAUAAAAACUUCCAUUGCACGGGAUAGAAAUAGUAAAAUUAGUAAAUUUCACAAUUUCCUAAGUGUAAGAAAUAGAAUAGUAAGACGUCUUGAAGAUUUAGUAGAUAUAAGAUUGGAUUCUAAAUUCCAGGAAACAAGUCGUUUAGAAAAGAAAUCAAGCAUACCUAUUUUAAAAUUGGAUUAUGAGGGUAAAACGGGUAAAACCGAAAGUCGAAAGAAUUCGUAUUUGCAAGUUCCCCAGAAGAAAGUUAACUUUGAAGAGGGGAACUUUACAGGAAGAAGAAAGAAGUUGUAUCAGUCGAGUGAUUCUGAAUAA